AUGGCGACUACAGUGGACAAGAUCAAAGACAUUGAGGCCGAAAUGGCCAAAACCCAAAAGAACAAGGCGACCUCGUUCCAUCUGGGCCAACUGAAGGCCAAGUUGGCGAAACUGAAGCGAGAGCUCCUGACACCCUCGAGCAGUGGAGGAGGCGGUGGUGCUGGCUUCGACGUCGCCAGAACAGGGGUUGCCAGUGUUGGCUUCAUCGGCUUCCCAUCCGUGGGCAAGAGUACUCUGAUGAGUAGGCUGACUGGCCAACACUCCGAGGUAGCAGCGUACGAGUUCACAACCUUAACGUCUGUACCCGGACAGGUCAUGUACAAUGGUAUAGUUGUCACCAACCCCAACCCCAACACCUACCCGCAUCCGUGGCCCGUUACCCUGUGUAUCAACUGUGCUCCCCUGCAGAUGAUCGAUCUCCCUGGUAUUAUAGAGGGUGCCAAGGACGGAAGAGGACGCGGUCGUCAAGUCAUUGCUGUUGCUAAGACUUGCCACCUGAUCUUCAUCGUGUUGGAUGUGAACAAACCUCUGACCGACAAGAGAGUCAUCGAAACGGAACUCGAGGGAUUUGGAAUUCGCAUCAACAAAGGUCCACCCAACAUCACCUUCAAAAAGAAGGACAAGGGUGGGCUCAACAUCACCAACACCGUGCCAUUGAGUCACAUUGACCAUGAUGAAAUCAAGGCUGUGAUGAAUGAGUAUCGCAUCAACUCGGCAGAUAUCGCCAUCCGCUGUGAUGCCACUAUUGACGAUCUAAUCGACGUGUUGGAGGCCAAGAGUCGCAGCUACAUCCCUGUCAUUUACGUCCUCAACAAGAUCGACGCAAUCAGCAUCGAGGAGCUGGAUCUACUAUACCGGAUCCCCAACGCGGUGCCCAUCAGUUCCGAGCAUGGAUGGAACAUUGACGAAUUAAUGGAGGCAAUGUGGGAUAAGUUGCAGUUGGUCCGGGUUUACACAAAGCCAAAAGGGAGAUUGCCAGACUACUCUGCACCCGUGGUGCUGCGUUCUACAAGGUGUACGGUCGAGGAUUUCUGCAACGCAAUCCAUCGAAGCAUUCUCGAGCAGUUCAAGAAUGCAAUAGUCUACGGGAAGUCGGUGAAGCACCAACCGCAGCGUGUGGGGCUCGCCCAUGAGUUGGCCGAUGAAGAUAUAGUCACAAUCAUGAAGAGGUGA